UCUUGAACGAUAGCCUGCACCUUUCGCCGUCGCUCCCUUCCCCAUAGCACCAUGAACCGCGGAAGGCGGGUGGCCGCAGGUGGUGAGGUACAGGGGCUACGACCUUCUCGUCAUCGUUAGGCCAUAGUGCAUGUGGCUUCGUCUUCAACUCACUAGGGCGUGCGCCGCCUCCCGUAGCAUACUCAGAGUCAGGGUCGUCUCUCGACUCGUCGGCUGAUCUCCCGAUGCUGACGGAGACACAGCUGUGCGGCUGCCUUGCGGCGUCCCACAAUAUGCUCGAGGCGUCGGAGGUGAAGGUGGAGGAGCUGCGGAGAUGCCUCAUUGAGGCCAAGGCUUGGGCGAUUGAGCUAUGGAUGGAGUUGGAGCUACUUUGCGACGCCGCCGACGUCGUCGCCGAGCACCUCCACGCCCGAGGAGGGAGCUACGAGGAGCGACUGCUCGACAUCCCAGCCAGCAUCAGGGCCGUGACCGUGUUUGGGGUCCACCAUGGGGCUUCCGUGGCCUUGGCGGCGGCGCAGGCAAGGAUGGGUCAUCGUCUCGACCACCUGACCAAGGUCCCAGUCGGCAUAAGAAGGGCAAACGAAGAAGCAUUCAUCAAAAUAUUCGCAAGGUCCACCAACACCGUGGUUGCCAAGGUGCUCUGGGGCCUUAGGAGCUUGGCGUCGCGCAUUGUCUUCGAGGCAGGUCAUGCCAAGGGCCAUGAGCGUCUCUAUGGUCUCGCCAUCCUUGAGCGUGGUUACUCCAGGAUGGCUGAAUCUGGGGGCCAUCCAUGUCUUCGUAGCUUAGGAUCCUUCUUUCCCACCUUUCUCAUGUUGGUACCCUAUCUAGGUAAUGUAAUCUAAAAAAGA